AUGAGUUUGUCUGUUGCUAUGGAAGCAUUUGUCUAUGAUGGAGACCAAACAACUCUGUCGACAAAAUGGCCAGAAUGGCUUAGAAGAUUUGAAAAUUAUCUUGAAGCUAUGGCUAUCAAUGAUGACAACAGAAAAAAAGCAUUGCUGUUACACUUGGCUGGGAAAAAGGUGCAUCAAAUUUUUGUAAAGCUCAAUUCAACACCUCGAGAAGCUAACCAAGCAGCAAAUUUGGAAGCUGAAACACAAUACGCUGCGACAAAACGUGCACUAAAUGAACAUUUCAACCCAAGAGUCAAUAUAACAUACAACAGGCACAAGUUCAAAUCAACAAAGCAAGCCAGUGAUGAGUCACUUGACCAAUUCCAUACCAGACUCUCUGAGUUGGCACAAGGCUGUGACUUCCGUGAUGUUGAUGAUGAAAUCAAAUCACAGAUUAUCCUAACCUGUACAUCAACAAAGCUAAGAGCAGAAGCGUUGGUGAAUUCCGAGUGGGACUUGAAAACGUUGCUUGAAAAGGGUACAACUUACGAGUUGACUAAGUUUCAAUCUAAGCAGAUUGAAGAAGGCAGUGGAACAUCAACAAUUAAUAAAAUUGUCACUAAGAAAAAGAAUUUUAACAAAGGAAACUUCUGCCAACAAAAUAAAAAGGAAUCUGGGAAACAAAAUAACUCGAAGACGUGUACUUUUUGUGGAGGAAAUUGGCACAAGAAACUGCAGUAUUGUCCUGCGAAGAAAGAGGGUGUUGUGUGUGGCAAAUGCCACAAAGAAGGUCAUUUCGCUCGUAUAUGUCGUCAUCCCUCAUCUAUAGGAUCGAAAGAGAAAAAACUAGUCCGAAACGUGAAGUUUCAGGAUACAUCUGAUGAGGAUUCGAGUAAUGUAGAAGAAUUCACUAACAGAGCAGCAGCUGACAACAAAAUUCAACCUACCAUCAAGCUAGAAGUUUUAGAUAGCUCGAUCAAUUUCCUAGUUGAUAGUGGAGCAUCUGUUACUUUGAUCAACGAACGUGCGUAUGAGAAGCUGGGAGCACCAACAUUGAAGCGUUCAACUAAGAAAAUCUACGCUUACCAAUCAAUUGUACCAUUGCCGUUAAUAGGUACAUUCCAAGCUGACACUAAAAUAUCGGGUACAAAGAAGAUUGUACGUGUAAGAUAUCAUGUUAUCAGUGGUAGCAACGAAGAAUGUUUGCUAAGCUACUGUAAAGCAUCUCCUUCUGAAGAGUAA